CCUGUCCAAUAGAGGGCGCUGCGAGGCCUCCCUGUUGUUGAUACGCUGGUCUAGUUCGUGCUUGAACGAGACGACAGGUAUGUUAGUCAUUCGGCAGUGAGCUGUGACUUACAUGUGUCGUCAUUUUCUGUGUUCCUACCUCGAAGGAGAAAAAAAACACGAAUACAUUGUCAGAUGAAGUGACAGUCAUUUUCAGCCAGAUUCUGUGAGUUUUUGGUAAUGGGCUUGUGACUGCACAAUUCUGAUUCAAGGACAAUGUGAACAUUGAGCUGUGCAAGGUUUUGAUAAAGGAUACUUUGCUUCUCACCUAAAUCUUGGAUACAUUUAAUGGACAAUCAAGGCUGAUGGAAGAGGUUGGGAAUGGCUUGCAGAACUGAAAGUUAACAGAUCAGGAAGUUUUCAUUCAACACUUUGCAGAUGAUUUAGCUGCAGAGAGCAGAAUCAUUUCCUUCCAAGCCAGAUCAGGGUUGCCUGUUAUAAAUAGUACCUCAGAACAACUAAAGGCCCACCAUGGAAGCAAAUUAUUUCAUUGUACUUUUCACCCUUGGAUUAUUUCUCUUACAAGACACAGCUGUAGCUCAGGAGACGAUAAAUGUGAAUAUGAAUGGAAAAGGGUGUGAUAAUCCUGAUGGUUACGUAGUCAAUGAUAAUCAGAUCUAUUCUCUGUAUUACGACUACUCGCCACAAAUCCAAGGUAGCAGGGACCACUGUGACGUGUCUCUGCGUACUUCCCUAACAAUUCGCCGACUAAAAUACUACGUCACCACACUAGACCUCUUGGACUGUGGUGUUGAAAUUUUGGUGUACUACAAUCCUAGCAUAUCUGCAACACCAACGAGAAAAUUGAGCUGUAAUGACGACAAAAAGCUGCCAAUUACUGAGACUUCAAACUUCAACUCACUGAAGUUUAGUCUACGGAAAACAACGUCACAAGCAAACACCAUAAGGAUUUUGAUCAGAGUCACUACAGAUCAUGGACCAGACAUAGGUUUGGUGAAGGGGGAGUCUGAGUUCUAUGAGACACCUCUGCAGCCUGGUGCCAUAGCAGGCAUUGCCAUUGCUGGUGCUAUAAUUGUCGUUGCCCUGAUUGGCCUUGCAAUCUAUUGCUGCAUCAGAAACCGACGGGAGAAUCUUAAACAUGUUGAGGCGAGUGGCGCCCCAUCUGCAUCAAGUGUCUUCACUUCUGGAACUUCCCAGAACAUGUUCCCGGCCAACAACAAGCGUUCCAGAGGAAGCUAUGGCUCCAUGGAAGACGUUCGAAGCACCACCACCUCUUCCACAGGGAAGAAUGCAAAUGCCUACUCCAACAAAGGCUACAAGAUCGAUGGAGACGAGAAGAGCACCAACAACUACUACAACAAGGGUAAGGCCGACUCAGACGAGAAGAAGCCUCACCGACAGAACUCGUACUCCAGGCGCGACAAGAACCAGGGGGGGCACCUCAACGAGGCCUACGAACAGUCGGAUGUAAGUGCCGAUGGCACUGACUUCUCUCGUGGAGAAAGUGGGCGUGCACUGAAAUAUGCUAAAAAUAAGCAAUACAGUCGGACAGAGGAGUAUCAGAUGAGCAAAGUCAACAAGAUGCCUGUCAAUGGCAUUUUAAAGACAAGGUCCAAGUCCCCAAACAGAUCUCAGUCAUCUACAGAGAGUUCUACAGACAACAAUGCUCUGGUGUAUGGAUACAGUCAUUCAAGUAGUGCCCAUCCCAACACCCAGCAUAUUGUCACUGUUGAAAAGACUCGCUCCAGAUCCCACUCUCGUGGAUCACGAUCUGUCAGGUCAGGAUCCACAGGAUCACAGGGCCGUUCAAGCUCUGCAAGUAGAGCAACAGGAACAUCCCAGAAAAUCUCGCCAAAUGACAGAGCAAGCUGCGGGUCAGCAGAUGGUGAAAGUACCACCUCUGCAACUGCACCGAUUGCUGAUGCUUUCACUAAUGAAAGCAACCAAGAGAAAAAACAGGCCAUACCCUCCACAGAAACCUACAAGGCCAAGUCUGAGGCUUACCAAGGCAAAAAUACUACUGCUAGCUCCAAUAAAGGCAGUAAGGCUAAUAUAAACCAAAAAUAUGUUGGUGAUGUUUCAAGCAAGAACAGUAAAGCUGAUCCAGACAAGAAUGCCAAUGCCUUUUCUGAGAAGCAGUCCAACGAUAACAACAUGGAUACUCGAUCCAUCAGCAGUGUGGACAAUAAGAUUAACCCAGACGAAAAUAAGGGCACCUACUCCAAAAAAAGCCAUAAGGCCAAACAAAAUAAGCCUGACUCCCAACAGGAGAAAGAACUAUCAGGAUAUGUUAACAAGACCUAUGAGGAUUUGAGUACAAAAAGCAAACAUGAUCAUGCUUACUCCAAGAAAGGUCGUAAGGCCAAACAAGUUGGCAUGAAGCCUGACUCCCAACACAAAAAAGAACUGGCAGGACAUGUCAACAAGGCAUGUGAGCAAUCAGAUGUGAGUGUGAAUAGCACUGAAAUUUCUUCUGUGGAAUAUGGUAGUGCAAAGCAACAUGAUGAGAAGGGGCCCUAUAGUCCAACAGAAAUGAGCAAAAGACCUACCAGCGGUAUCUUAAAGAGAAGGUCCAAGUCUCCAAAUAGGUCUCGAUCAUCUGCAGACAUCUCUUUAGACACAAAUGCACUAGUUUAUGGAUACAGUCAUGGCAGUGGCACCAAUCCCAACACACUUCACAUACCCACCAUUGAGCGGACUCGGUCCAGGUCACAUUCAGUCAGCUCAGGAUCUCGGAGUCGUUCAAGCUCUAUGAGUAAAGUUUCGGGCAAAGACAAGAUGCUGCCAAAGACCACCCGACAGUAUGGUGAUUUGUCAAAUUUUCUUAAUGACAGAGGUCAUAGGUCAAGGUCUCAUUCUCGCAGUGGUUAUCGAGAAAGAAGUGGUUCCAGAACUAGCGAAAAAGAACAGAAGAAGACCACUGGUGGAAAACGAGUCCACAUUCAGGGAGUAGAGAGUGACAUUUAGUUGUUGUUUUUUUUAAUAAUAAUUUCUUCUUAUAUUUAAUGGCUGAUAUCAAAACUGGAUCUGUGUAUUCAUUUACAUUUUAGAAUGUGACAGUUUGUCAUCAAAUACUGUUGUAUGCAGCUGGGUGCAGACCGUGAGCUAUAGACUAUGUGGAGGAAGUCAUUGAAAGAAAAAAUGUUCUUUUCAGUGUUUUGAAAACCUGAAAGGCAUCACAGCAUAUGCCACUGCCCUUCCAUAAUAAUCUGUAUAAGCUUGUAGACUAAAGAGGAAAAACACGGACAACUUUAUGUCAAGAGCAGAGCUAGUCUCAAAUAGUCUUUUAAAAAAAAGGAAAGGCAAAUAACAGGGUCAAGAGAAACAAAUAUAGCAGCUGACAGCUGUAAGUGAUCUGUUUGGUAGUCUUAUUAUUUUUUUAAAUUCAGGAUGUGUUGUGGUUUAAUGGGAUCUUUGUAGGUGAAGAUGGGUGUGCCUGAGGUUGCAGCCAAAACAUAAAUACCAUAUGCCUCACUUGUGUCCUCUGUGCAAGUGCAUUGAUGGUGGAUGGUCUAAAUGUUGAAGUAGUUGGAUAUAUUAGUCUACUGUGGUAAUACUGUGAACCUACAAGCCUGGAUAAUGAAUGGUCCAAUUACAAGAAAAGGGUGUAACUGAGGUCUUGGAUUUUCGUGGCAGCAAAUGGUAAAACAGUCACGGUUGUAUUUGCCAUGUAAGCUCUUUAUUCAAAUAAAAUAUGAAUUGUUUUCAGAAGGAAUGCAAUAAGCAAGAAAAUGUUCUUGUGUGCUGGUCUCCAAGCUUGCCUUUUUUGAUUUUUUUUUUUUUAAAGGCUUUGUCAUUUUGUAGAUGACAGGUAACAGGAAAAUUGGAAAGAAGGGUUUGUUCCAUGAAUGGCUACAUACUAGAUUUCCACCAUUAUGAGGUGGGGCCUUCCUAAAAGUGUUUUGGACACAAUGACCCAUUAUGCCUGAGGAGCUUACAGAUUUACAAAUACAAUUGAAAAUCUAUUGGUGGGAUUAAUGUUAUACUUUUAUAAAUAAUCCUUUUUUUUUUCCUCUUGUGGCUUUCAUAUCCUUACUAUAUAUUUCAACAAAAAUAAAAAUAAAUGUACAUGCAGGUUGCCAAUAUGCCAAAUUUUGUUUUUGAGAAUAUUUAAGUUUGUUUCUGACAUGGCAGUAUAGCCCCAUUUUCUUCUUCUUUUACAAGCAGACACAGAGCAAAGUAGAUAUUAAAAGACUGAAGAUUGUAAGGGUUGCGUUUUGCCAAACUGCACUGAUUUGGGGAUUUAACAUAGAGGUGGCAUCUCAUGGUGGAAAAGUAUAUGUUAAGAUGGUUACUGUUUUGGUUUUUUUUUUUCUACAUACAUAUAUUUCAAAUGUGUGGGAAAAACAAGUUUUGGUGUAAAACUAGUCCAAAACAAGUUGAGGACAGCUCAAUCAAGUAAAUAUGAAUUUGAACAAGUGAUCAGUGCCUUAAGAACAAUAUUUUACAAGAAUGCCCUGCAGUAUCCUCUGCACUACUAAUAGAUGGCAAUAAAUAUUUGCAAUUGCCUCUGUUUUGGCUUAUUCCUCAAUACUUGUGCGGUGUCAUUUCUCCUUAUCCUUCCUUUUCUUCAUUUUGCCAUCUUGCAUUGGUUUUUUGACUUAACAGGAUAAUGAGCCUUCUUCACUGACACUUUUCAGGUGCUGUGAGCCAUGUUGCUUUCCAUUUUUUGAUUUAUGGACCAUGCACGUUACAUGUUCUGUAAAUUAGAUGUUGGAUGAAUGGGCUUCGGUGAAGUCAUCUGGUGAUAGAUGCAUUUUGUGUGACCCUGCAUCUUGGUUCAUGCGUAUUUCUGGACUGCUGUCGCAUUGGCUUCCCAAGUACCGGGAUUGUGCUGUUUUCAACUGUGUUGCUCUACAACUUUCUAUGGGGCUGACUUUGUGAAGGUCACUUCACAGGAAAGGCCAGUUCUGGCGAAAAUGAAGAUCUGUCACUACUCGCCACUUGUGAGAGACAGCCAAAUAUCUUUGCUGACUAGCGUGAAGGUGAUGAGGACUGACUUUAUCUCACCUGUCAGCAACCUCACGCCUUCCACUAGCUACACGCUAGGCUUUGUGCUUUGGUACUGUGGCUAUAACCAUGGCAACGAAAACAAAUCUUUUGUUCUUGACACAUCAUCAUCCCCAUGAGCCCCUUCAUCAACCAUGCCUGUUCCUUUUGGAAUCGCCGCUUGUAUUGUGCAAGCAGUUCAGCAACCUGUUCACUACUGUCAUUUUACACGUUUGUCUUAACUGGAUACAUAUGGAUGAAUAUUUUUUUACAUUUAGCAGAGAUCUUCUACAGCUAUAAUUUGCUUGCAUGUUUGCGGCAUGAAGUUGUCACCCUUAAAAGGUGUGCUCAUGUGCCUAAGUAAAGUACCUUGAGUCUGGCUGAUACUGGAGAAAGGCGCUAUGCAAAUGUGCUAAUUAUUAUUAUAUCCCUGGCAUUUCUCAUUCAGAUUUGUAUGGAUGACAGUUAAAUGCAUGUGCUGGCAUGUGUACUUAAUACCCAUCCUCAUCGACUUAUAAUCUGCAUGAUUUUGAUGAACUUUUUUCUUGCACUGUUUGUUUUUUGUUUUUUUGUUUUUGGUUUUUUUUUUGUAUAUGUGUGUUUUCCUAGAACAAAAUCUUCAUGGAAGUAAUAAUAACAUGAAGACUUGCAUAAUUGGAAUUGUGCACACUGCACACUAUAUUAAAGUGUAGAAUUAAUCAUAAAUAACAUGCAUGGUGUGAAUAAGCACAGUUGUAAAAUUAGAUACUUGGAAGGAUGAGUUACUUAGAAUUUGGCUAAUGGUCAUCAAAUUAAAUAGGCAUGCUUUACAAAUAGGCACAGACGAAUUCUUACUAUUUUUAUGAAUUGUGAGAAGAGAUGCUUUUUUAUGACAAGUUUGAGUAUGUCAGUCAAUUCUUAAGUGAAAUGAAAAAAUUGAAAAUAUGAUGACUCCAUGUUUUCACUUUAGUGAUAGGAAUGGACAAAAUGUGAUCAUGUGACAAAGGAUUUUUAACUCCUGUGAAGGAGUGAGGAGAUACACAAACAUAUAGGAUCAUACAUUUUCAAAUAUUUUAGUGGCUGAAAAUUUAUUGAUGAAAUGCAUGCAUAGCCAGUAUAAAUAAAAAAAAAAAAAAUCACAAAAGUGGUUUGCAUUAAUGUCAUGUAGGGUAAAAGAGUCAGAAGUUUGUUUCCUGUCGCAGUUCUAUGCAAUUUACUUUUUAUAAAUAAAUGGUUUUUCAUAUGUAAAUACCACAAAUCAUUUACCUUGAUAUGUGUGCAUUGUUUUAAACAUGUUAUCCAACUGCACAAUGCAUAUGUACAUAUAAUGUAAAUGAAAGAUUUCAGAUUGUAUUUAAAUAGCUGCUUCUCUGGAAACAGUAUCACACAUUCCAGUACAAAUGUUUUUAUGUAAAACUAGUGUUGUGUAUGAGAAUAUACUUUCUUACUAUUAAAGAUUUGUGAUGUAUUUCUAAUAUUUUUUAAAAUCAAUGCUUUUCAACAUUUUCAGGUAUAAAUAUAAAAUAUAUAUUUCAUUUUUUAAGGUUUUUUCUGUAUAAAAAGGGUUUUCUUAUUACCACUCAGGACUUAUUUUGAAUGUUGACACAGGAUUUCAUCAAUAAUGACAUUUAGUAGCAUGAAAUUUAAUUCUAGGUAAACAGAUGUAAACACUUACAUCUGGUUUAAUAGUGGGAAAGAAUAGCCUAUAAAUUUUUACCCGUCAUACGCAUGUUGCAGAAAGUGACUAAAAUGAGCCUAUCAAAAGGUACAGUUUUUCUGUUUCUGUGUUUAGCUUGAGCUAUCAGGUUCUUAUGAGAAACAGACUACAUUAAACUAUGCUGAAUCUUCCAUAUUGCAGGAGGGGAAGAUUGGGUUAAUAUGUACAGAAAUGUGGCUCAAUUUUUAUGUGACAUUUGUGUGUUGAAUAUUUGCAUAAGUACUCAUUAGAACAAGUAAACCAUGUAUCUAAUAACUUAAAAGUGUAUUUCAAGCUGA